UGACGCGUAACCAGGAAGCCGACUGCACUACGUGGAGAACUGAUGUUCAAAGUGCAACAUACCCGUCCGUCUGUUUAUCACGAGAGUGACCAAACGUUAACAGUUAAUUUAUAAUGCAAAGAUUCACCGCGUAGACAACACUGCAAGAACCAGUAGUUUCAGCAUUUCUUCAGUUCACAAAGUGAGGAAUGAAAAUGGGGAGGAAGGAUGCCAGUGCAACCAAAUUACAAGUGGAUCAGUACCGCAAACAGAUUGGCAAACAAGACAACAAAAAGACCAAGUCUGUCCUGAAGGCCACACAACUGAAGGCAGAUGCCAAGAGGAGUGCUUUCGGGAUCAGGGAUGUUUUCCUGAUGCUGGCGGCCAUCUUGUUUUUGCUGCUGUUCAUCUAUGCUUUCUUCUACCUCAACCUGAGCACCGAACUCGACCUGGACAUGGACUAACAUUUCGGAGGACACUGCCUGAGACAUUUCAACUCCUGGAGAUGGACCAAAGGAAGAUUUUAAAUCGAUUAUAAUUCAGUGUAUAUAGAAUAUAGCAAAUGUAUACACUACAUGUCUUAAUGUGGAAAUUGAUCCAGUCAAACCUUGAUUCUGUGCUUGUAUGUCAGUUGGUUCUCACGGGUUAGGUUGCUCAACUGAAGUUAUUAUGUUUGAGAUUUUGAGUGUCCAGUAAAAACACAAUGCAAGGAAUUGGAAUUGUUUACUUUUGUAAUACAGUUGGGAAUAUUUAAAACGAGAAAAUGAAAGCAAUUGAAGCUAUACACCUUGAAGAUGUCAUGCAUCAAAAAUAUGCAUAGACCUUGUCGUGGCAGUCUAAAACAAUACAAAAUGCUCAUUUGAUAA